AUGCCGCCUUCAGAUGGCAGGAUGCGCACUCAACGGCUACUCCUCCUGCUCGCCAUCGUCUUUGUCGCGUGUCUCUCGCUCGUCCUCCUCCGUCCCGACCGUGUCCCCCAAAACCAAACCCACGUCGACGAUGCGCCGGACCACGCUCCGCCCGAGCCUAUAAGGCAUCCCCAACUGCAUCCCGACGAUGCUUCAUAUCCGCCCGAGAAGGCGCAUCCCAUCUCGACCUUGAUGCAGACGGCACAGCGGUCAUUCGACGAUGUGCUGGCCCGCCAAUCGAAAUCUCUGGCCGACGCGGUUCAGGAGUACCAACGUCGCUACAAGAUGCAUCCGCCGCCGCAUUUCGACAAAUGGUUCCAGUUUGCUCAGGCCAAGGGGGUGAAGCUGGUGGACGAGUUUGAUUCCAUUUACCAUAACCUGCGGCCAUUCUGGGCUGUGAAGCCGGCGGUCAUUCGCGCCCGCGCCCGCGAAACCCUCGGCUUUGACAACGCGGUGAUCGGGCUGCUGAUCCGCAACGGUGAGGUGACGCUGAUUGAAGGCGGUGGUGAUGGCCGGAAGUGGCAACGCGAGGCCACCGUCGGCAUGAUGAAGGACUUUGUCAAGUACCUGCCCGACAUGGACCUCGUCUUCAACACCCAUGAUGAACCCAGGGUGGUGAUUCCCAGUGAAGACCUCGAGCGACUCGUGCAAACGGCCACGGACCAUGUCAUUCCGGCGGCCUUUAGCAGAAAGUCGGUCACCAACGCCUGGUCUCCUCGGGCGGCCGACCUAAACAAAGGCGAUCGGAUUGACGAAGUGCGCACCACGCGCUUCAAUCGAUUUGCCCAUCAGCCGACCUGGACUAAUUCCCGGAUUUCGUGCCCGGCCGACAGUCCUGCGCGGUCGCUCAACGAGGACGCACCGGACGAGGUCGAGCCUUACGCCCUUGGUGAACUGGGCUUUGUCUACAAUACGACAGCCUUUUCCGACAUCUGCUACACUCCAUCCCUUCGCGAUUCGUACGGCUUUUUCGACCGUCCCAAUGCCUUCGACGUUGUCCACGAUUUGUUCCCCGUCUUCUCGCAGAGCAAAAUCUCUAGCUUUCAGGACAUCCUGUAUCCUAGCCCCUGGUACUGGGCCGACAAGGUUCCCUACAACAAGAACAAGGAUUAUCGCUGGGAUGACAAGUCCAAUCAUAUGUACUGGCGUGGCACAACGACUGGUGGGUUUUCCCGUGCGGGCGGUUGGCGUCGCCAGCAUCGCCAGCAGUUUGUGGAUAACGUCAACUCCUUGGCAGACUCGAAGAUCCUCACGCAACAGGAGGAUCGAUCCUGGGUAUCGCAGGGGGUCAGCCGGAAGAGCUACCGAGAUUUAUUCGAUGUCAAAUUCACCAUGAUUGGUCAGUGUGACCCCGAUGAUUGUCACGCCCAGGAGGAGUACUUUGACGUGGUCAAGGCUGCUGGACAGCAAGAUGCGUGGGCCCACAAGUACUUGGUCGACAUUGAUGGGAAUGCGUUCAGUGGGCGAUUUUACGCAUUCCUUCGAAGCAACAGCUUUGUUUUUAAGAUUGCCAUCUUCCGCGAGUGGCAUGAGGAAUGGCUCAAGCCGUGGCUGCACUACGUUCCGCUCAGCCUAAAGGGCAAUGAAUACGUGGAAACCAUGCGAUACUUUACCGCAGAGGAGGAGGGCCGGAAGGCCGGCCCUGCCAUUGCCACCAAGGGCCAAGAAUGGGCCCAGCAAGUCUUGCGAAAGGACGAUUUGGAGGUUUGGUUCUUCCGCCUGCUGUUAGAGUGA